AGGACAGCGGUGUACAGGAACAGCACCAUCUGACCUCGUCGCUUUCUCCCUCAAAUUUCUAUAUCCUCUUGUCAUGGCGGUCAACGGUUCUGUGGUUACUCCUUAUACAUAAACAACCGAAAAGACGAUAAAUCCGAACCCCACACCGAAAAAAGAAACAAAAAAGAGAAAAGGGAACUGUAAAAAAAUAAGAAAACAGAAACAAAAUCUAUGUAAAUUUGCUGAUAAUUCGGAGCAUUGUCAUAGAGAAAGUAGAAAACUUCAACAGGUUUUAACACACUUCAUAGCUGUAGACUCGCACUGUCCGCCAAGAAUUCAACUCAUACGCAAAGGAAAUAAGACAGAAAAAGCGCAGCAAAAAACCCAUUUUUAUUCGGUGAGGAUUGAUUCAGUUUUCCGCUGGGAAAGCUUGGAGGUUUCUGGGUUGUCAGGUUGAUGUUCCCAUCUGUGGUUGUGUGAAGAAAUGGGGAAGAUUUACUCGUUGAACCCGAGUGAUUAUAAGCUUCUAGAAGAGGUGGGAUUCGGUGCGAGCGCAACUGUUUACAGGGCAAUCUAUUUGCCUUCAAAUGAAGAGGUGGCUGUGAAGUGCUUGGAUCUCGAUCGGUGCGGUAGCAAUCUGGAUGAUAUUCGCAGGGAAGCACAAACGAUGACCUUAAUAGAUCAUCCUAAUAUUAUAAAAGCAUAUUGUUCAUUUGUUGUUGACUGCAACCUUUGGGUGGUCAUGCCUUUUAUGGCUGAGGGUUCUUGUCUACACCUCAUGAAGAUAGCAUACCCAGAAGGGUUUGAAGAAUCUGCCAUUGGGUCUAUCUUGAAAGAAACUCUGAAGGCUUUGGAGUACCUUCAUCGACAUGGCCAUAUCCAUCGUGAUGUGAAGGCAGGAAAUAUAUUGAUGGAUAGUAAUGGUGAGGUGAAGCUUGCUGACUUUGGUGUUUCAGCUUGUUUGUUUGACAGAGGUGAUAGACAGCGCUCGAGAAAUACCUUUGUGGGAACUCCAUGCUGGAUGGCACCUGAAGUGUUGCAGCCAGGAACUGGAUAUGAUUUUAAGGCUGACAUUUGGUCAUUUGGAAUUACUGCAUUGGAGUUGGCUCAUGGACACGCUCCAUUUUCAAAAUAUCCUCCAAUGAAGGUUCUGCUAAUGACCAUACAAAAUGCUCCUCCUGGACUUGAUUAUGACCGUGAUAAAAAGUUCUCCAAGUCUUUUAAAGAAAUGGUUGCAAUGUGCUUGGUGAAAGAUCAAACAAAAAGGCCAACUGCUGAAAAGUUGUUAAAACAUCCCUUCUUCAAGAAUGCCAAGCCUCCUGACCUCUCUGUGAAAAAAUUAUUUGCUGACCUGCCACCAUUGUGGAAGCGUGUAAAAGAUCUCCAGGUCAAAGAUGCUGCUCAACUUGCUUUAAAAAAAAUGCCUUCAGCAGAACAAGAGGCAAUAUCUCAGAGUGAGUACCAGCGUGGAGUAAGUGCGUGGAACUUUGAUGUUGAAGAUUUGAAGUUCCAAGCAUCUUUGCUACAAGAGGAGGAUGAAAUACAAGAAAUCAAGGAAGAAGAAGACAGUGUUAAAUACCAUACGAACCAUAAGGUCGCGUCAAGUUCUGUGGUGAAACAAGAAGCAACAGGCAAUAAUAGUAGCAGAGGAAAUUUAUUCGGUAAUGACGUGAUUGUGGUUGAAAGUCAGACGAAGAAGGGAAAAGUAUCAGACAGUGAUUUAUUUGAGACCAACAAUCAGGUAAAUACUGGAGUCAAGAGCGGGUCAAGAGCUGAUCUGACACCACCAGUGAUAGAGAAAGAUGUGGCACAGGCCAAGACUAGAACCCAGGUGGCAAGAGCUCGUCAAACUCAAAGUGGACCUCUCAUUCCCGGUGCAGUGCUAAGUCACUCUCAGUCAGAAAGAGCACGCAACUUAGAAAGGUAUGAGAUUGAAAAUCAGCAACUGGCAGAGAAGGUUCAACAAGUACGAAGACAGCCCAGUUUUAGUGGUCCUCUAAACCUUCCAAAUCGAGCAUCAGGAAACAGUUUAUCAGCUCCAAUCAAAUCUUCUGGAGGUUUUAAAGAUUCCUUGGAGGACAAAACAAAGACCAACUUGGUACAAAUAAAAGGGCGGUUCUCUGUAACAUCUGAAAAUGUAGAUCUCGUGAAGGACAUUCCUCUGUGUUCAGCUUCUCGACGUAAUUCCCAGCAGGGGUCACCACUGAGGAAGUCUGCCAGUGUGGGAAACUGGAUAUUUGAUUCCAAGCAAAUGCCCAACAGUCAGCCAGUGAAGGAAAUUGGAAAUAGUAAUGUGCCUGCCUCAGUUCUCAUGCCUCAGCUUCAAAAUCUUUUCCAACAAACAUCAAUUCAACAAGAUCUUAUCAUGAAUUUAUUGAGUAGCUUGCAACUGGUGGAGAUAGAAAACGCUCCUCAAAAUGGGAAACUGCCUCCUUUACCUCGUUCAGAAAAUAAUGGCAGUGCGGAAUUAGUUGUUUCUGAAAGGGAACGUAUGCUGCUUACGAAGAUCUCCGAACUUCAAGCAAGGAUGAUUAGCCUAACUGACGAAUUGACUGCCGAAAAAGUAAAGUACACGCAGUUGCAACAACAACUACAUGCUGUGUCUGGUCUUGAAGAUGAUGGAGAUAGAUGAGAAGGAGAUUCAUGAUGUUCAAGUUAUGUUUAGAAACUUUGAAAUGUUUGCACCUUUGUAACUUCAGGGUGAAAAGGGUAGGAAGAGUCGAAUGACACCGAAGUUCAUAUUUCUGGAAAAAUGCCUUGUGGAGCAAACUUUGCUUUGAAGGAUUCCAACCCUGUUGUACAAAAUUAUGAUGAGCUGAUGACGAAAAUUGAUCCGUUUGUUUUCUUUGUCAGUAUAAAUGGAAAUGAGCUCUCUGUGCAGAUGCUGUCGUGACCUUCUGAUGUAAUGUAUAUGAUUUGCUGAAACCAUUUAUCACUUUGAGAUAGGAAACUACACAGGUUUCAUCUCAUUUGUAUUAUGUAUGCAUUGUGCGAGUCUGGAUGCUAACCAACCUUUCAUCUGUGAAUAGGUCAAUUUUCUAUCAUUACGAGCUCUCA